GACGUUAAUCGUGCCAUCGCCGCCAUGUCUUCGCCAUCUGCAGUGGCCAGUCCGGCUGAGACUGAAGUGGAAGAUGGGAUCGUCGGCCGAAAGCUUGCAUCCGACGUUUACGCCAGUAACCUUGAGGUCCAGAAGGACGGCUGUGCUGAAGAAUUCAAUGUCGACGACGAGAUUCACCGUGACACGUUCGGCGGCGAGCUUGCUGUGGACAAACAGAGGGAAGACAGCACCUACGAGAACCUUACGAAAGAAGUGGACGAUGACUUUACCGCCGAAGACAAGAAGAAGGGAAAAGAGCAAGUGAUGGUAGAAAAUGAAGAAAAAGAAGCUGACGUUUGCUUCGUCGAAGUUGAGGACAACGAAGAAGGCGUCUAUGUCGACCUGAGCAGCGCUCUUCCCUUUACGACAUCAAUCGAAGCCAACACCAAGGGUUUCGUUAGCGACACGACUUGCGAGCUCACUCAGACUACUACGAGCCAAGGUCGCAAGGAACGUGCCGUUCUCGAGCCUCAAGGAUAUCGCCAAGUCGAGACAUCUCUCGAUAACAAAUGGCUCUACACCUUCUUUCGCUUCUGCGCCGAACGUCACAAGGUUCACGAGCGCCGAGAAGAGAAUCCAAGUUUGGGCAGAGACAAAUUAUCUGACGACGUCUUACUGCGUACAGGCGUCUAUGGAAACGUCUUCAGAGAGCUCGACAGGGGGAGCAUCUAUUUUCGGGAGCAAAUCAUGGGCAAAGGGGACCAGAGUCACGAAGAAAUCUGCUUCCGCUUGUUCCUUUUCUGCGGCUUCUACGUGAACAGCACCUAUGAAGCGAUUGCGGAAGCCCUGGGCGAGCCACCUUCAUGGCUCAAAUUUGACUUGGAGCGAUACGAAGACAUCUUCCUCAACCUACUCAAGCAGGAUCCAAAGAGGAAGAUGUACACGUCGUCGUUUCAGAUUGUCCCUCCAACGCAAUGGUUUGGCAGAAAGAUGCCCAACUACGCUGCGACGCUACGCUUCGUCAAGGCCCUGAUGGAAAUGGGCAUGCCAGAACGGCUGCUGACGUGCGAGUACGCUACCGACGCUAGUGCUGUGCUGCAAUCAGCACCCACAUUGGGUGGCUUCCUCUCUCUCAACAUGCUCGUCAAUCUCAAUCAGUCGCCCCACGUCUCCUUCAAGUACCGCAACUUUGCCUCGUGCGGACCGGGCUCGCGAAAAUACCUACAGGCGAUCUUUGGUUCCAAUGUGAUCAACUCUGUGGCUAUGGAGGAAGCCGGCCUCAAGUGGUUGUACGACAACCAGUGGCGCUAUUGGGCCAGGCUGGGUGAGAAUCCGCCACAUUGCAAAGGUCUUCGGCAGGGCAUGCGCGUCCUCGACUUCGAGAAUGCCCUCUGCUGGUGUUGGCGGUACGUGGCAGCGGCCACAAAGCCCGGUGCCCCCAAGUCGAUGCACACUAUGGCGGCGCCCGAAGUUGACAAGGAAAUGGAGGCCACUGUCUCGAUGCCGGCGUGGUGCGAAGAGGAGUGGGAAGCUCACCAUAUCAGCAAGACCGUCCUCAAGGGCGAUCUUCUAGAGGAAAUGGCCAAGCUUCCGCCCUUGAAAAGGAAGAGAGGGGGGUCUAUCAUCGUUGAAGUCGAGAACAGUAAGGAAGGGGAAAGUGCAUUUGUCGCCGACGGACGUUCGCAAUUCGCCCACGCCGUAAAUGACGACAACGACGAUUUAGAAGGCAUUAGCGAUCGAGUGCAUCAGCCUAUGGAUCAAUCCGUGCAAAAGCGGCAAGCAGGACAAGAAGAAAAGCUGGAGCCAGACGAAGACGAAGGCGAGGAGGUCGAGGAAGUUUAUGAGGUCGAGAAAGUGAUCGAUUUUAGAAGGAACCGCUACCGCGUCCGCUGGAAGGGCUACAUGCCCGAGGAGGACACUUGGGAGACCGAAGACACUGUCAGGGAAGGCGCAGAGGAGGCCUUUGAGGACAUUCGGAAAUGGCAAGAGCGUGUAGCAAGUGCAAUUGUGCGCAUUAGAGACGAGAACAGGUAUCGGGUCCGCAAAGGGCAGGAGGAAGAACCUUGGAUGCUCCAUGGGCAUUCAAAGAUCUAUGCAGUGAAGAAGAGGAGAGUGUCGGUGUCGGUGGACAACGAGAAGCGGGUGAACAUUGGUAAUGAAGAAGCCGAUGAGAAAGCUUUUGCUCUGAGACGGAGUUCCACUGCAGUCGCCAGGAGUCUGCGGAAGGCGAAAGCAACGAAGUAUGAGGAGCAGGAGGACAAAGACGAGGAAGAAGAAGAAAAAGAGGAGGAGGAGGAGGAGGAGGAGGAGGAGGAGGAGGAGGAGGAGGGAAAGAGGGGAGAAGGGAAGAAGGCGACGGCAAAACGCAGAAGCAAGGGAAGUGCUUACGGGGGUAAAGCAAUCGCCACCUCAGGAAAGAAGGCCACUGUCAGUCGCCCUUUGUCGCAAAAGUCGUACGGAGCGAGUAAGAGCGACCACGACUUCUUCAUCGUCUCGAAGACCACCGCUCCAGACUCCGUCAGCUUCGGUAAAGCUUGGCAGGACGAGGGCAUCGCGAGAAUCGAAGUCAUUCUCAAGUCAUUUGGUUCAUCCUUCCCUGAUUUCGGGGUCUAUGGCUGCGUCGAAGAGCUGGCCAUCGAAUGA